AAGCCAGUUUAACAUUCUUCAACCUAGAACCAAUACAAGGUAGCUAGCUUGCGAGUUCCCAAAACCGAACCCAAAUCAUGGGACUUGAUGCAGUCUUUGUCCGGUCGACCGAGCCCAUAUCCUAAUCCAUCUGAUUGCAGUCGACGGACUUGGGUCUGUAGAACAUGCCAGAAGAACUAAUUGAAAUUCGUUUGCUGCUCCUACAUAACGCAGUCAGCGAAUCAGAACUUUGACAAACCUUUAGCCUCCCACGCUCAGCGAAUCCGUGAAGAAAGUGAAACACCUCCGUGUCGCGAUGGCAAUUCCACAAUGAAAUCUCUCUCUCCACCACAGGUCCACAGGACUCCACGAACUCCUCCAUCCCGUGACCCUUUUGCAAAAAAGCUAUGGUUCCCAUCCUUCCGCACCCAUCGGCCAACCACCCAAAAGCAUAGCUAACACGUAAAAACACAAAAGUCUUGGCUCUUAAUGCAUGUGCAUGUAAAAGAUCCCAAGUUGACAUAACUACUACGUCCUGCCUCUACUUACAUAAUCUCUCUAUAACCGUUUCUCUACUCCCGACGGUCAUGAGCCUUCUCUUGCUUCCCGGAUCCUCAAAUCAGCAUGGCGAGCGGUCCCAACGCCCACUUCGUCGACAUCCACCCGCUCCUGGACGACGAUAACAGCAGCAGCCGUAACAAGCCCGGAAAGCAACCAAUGAACGGGCCUGCCAAGUUUCGAGGUGGCGGAGGUGGAGAGCGAAAGCCACAGGGCCAUAGGAGUUUCAGUCGGCAGGUCUCCCUUGAGACCGGCGUCGCGGCACUCUGCAUGGAAAAGGAGUUGAAGGGCGGCAGCAGCAGCAGCAGCAACGGAAAGCCGGAGACGAAGGUUCUGCCGCGGAGUGGGAAGAGCUUAGGUGGUCUCCGAGAUGGCGUUGGCGUUGCCGGUGGUGUGGAGGCCUGUGCUCGGAAGGGAGACUUCAGCAUCUUCCGAACAAAGUCCACACUCACCAAGCAGAACUCACUGCUUCCGUCGAGGAAGGAGAGCGAGCUCGAUCUCCAAAACUUGGAAGGCGUCGCCGGAGCCGGGCCAGAUGACCCGGUUAACGAGAGCGUCUCCGCCGGAAGAUACUUUGCCGCCCUUCGAGGGCCCGAGCUGGACCAAGUCAGGGACUCCGAGGACAUCCUACUCCCCAAAGACGAGGUGUGGCCGUUCCUCCUCCGCUUUCCGAUCGGAUGCUUCGGUAUGUGUCUCGGCCUCGGGAGCCAGGCCAUCCUAUGGGGAUCUCUCGCGUCGAGCUCCGCCAUGAAGUUCCUCGACGUGAGCCCCUACAUCAACCUUGCCCUGUGGCUCCUUGCACUCGCUGUCCUCGUCUCCGUCUCCAUCACCUACGCCUUCAAGUGCGCCUUCUACUUCGAGGCCAUACGCCGCGAGUACUUCCACCCAGUCCGAGUCAACUUCUUCUUCGCCCCCUGGAUUGCCUGCAUGUUCCUGGCCAUCGCAGCCCCGCCGGCGUUCGCACCGAAGCAGCUCCAUCCCGCCAUUUGGUGCGCCUUCAUCCCUCCGGUGUUCCUCCUGGAGCUGAAGAUAUACGGGCAGUGGCUCUCCGGAGGGAAGCGCCGGCUGUGCAAGGUGGCGAACCCAUCCUCCCACCUGGCGGUGGUCGGCAACUUUGUGGGUGCCGUCCUCGCGGCCAAGGUGGGGUGGGCGGAAGCCGGCAAGUUCCUCUGGGCGAUCGGGCUGGCGCACUAUCUCGUUGUGUUUGUGACCUUGUACCAGAGGCUGCCCACCAACGAGGCCUUGCCCAAGGAGCUGCACCCGGUCUACUCCAUGUUCAUCGCGACGCCAUCGGCCGCCAGCAUCGCGUGGGCCGCCAUCUAUGGCAGAUUCGACGCCGUGUCCAGAACCUUCUACUUCAUCGCUCUCUUCCUCUACAUCUCCCUCGUCGUGCGCAUCAACUUCUUCCGAGGAUUCAGGUUCUCGGUGGCGUGGUGGUCCUACACGUUCCCGAUGACGACGGCGUCUCUGGCAAGCAUCAAGUACGCCGAGGAGGUUCCCUGUUUCUUUAGCAGGGCGCUGGCGCUGAGCCUCUCUCUCAUGUCAUCCACCAUGGUCUCGCUGCUUUUCGUAUCGACGCUCCUCCAUGCAUUUGUAUGGCGCUCCUUGUUCCCGAAUGAUCUCGCUAUUGCCAUUACCAAGAAGAGACACAGCGGACCCAGGUCACAGGGCAAGGAGAAGAAGGCUGUCAAAAAGGCCUAUGACAUCAAGCGCUGGGCAAAGCAUUCUUCGCUUUCCCUUGUUUCUUCCAUCACCAAGAGCAAUUCUGGAGACAAGGACUCCAACGGGAGGUAAAAAGGGUUGCGUCGCGUUCAUCCUAUGAAGAAAAAAAUAGCAUAUAACAUGCAUCUUGCGGAUCAACUAGAACAGAGAAAAUAUGUAGCUUUGCAGAAUUUAUGAUUUUUUUUUUUGGCAAAUGGUACGAUGGUUCAAAAAGAAAUCUGUAUCUAUCAGAAAAGCAGUUUACAUUAAUUGGCUUGAAAAGAUUAAAAGCUGGAUCGAUAAGGAUUUUAAUGAUCCAUGGAUUUCUAAAUUGUUA